GUCGCGCCGUCCCUGCUCACGAUCUCGCUGCCGCAGCACGUGGUGAAGAUGUCGUCAUCCUUGAACACAGGCGCCGCGGGGAUGAACUCGCGCUCUUGCAGAUGCUGCUUCCGAAACUACACCCUGGCGUUGGAGCCUGGGGCAUCAAACAGCCGCCCCUACCUGCUGGUGUGCGGACAUGUCUUCUGUGGAGCAUGCCUGCAGGACAAAGGCACACGCGCAGGCUGCGAGUUUGUGUGCCCCACCUGCAAGAUGGUGACCAGGAUUCCUGGAGCCGGUGGCUUUUCUCAGCUGCCUCUGGAUUUCUAUUCACUUGGAGUUGUGGCAGCAUACAAAUACUCGUGCGGUGUCCCACGGUCCAAACAAAACCUUGGUAGGAGCCAAGUGAAGUCGCAUCAGCUCUUGCAUACGGACGGAGGAGGAGCCCUCCGGGAGACCCGGGGGAUCCCGGACGAUGUUCGCUUGAACCUGACCACUGGAAAGGAGAGGCGCUGUGCCGAAUGCGAGCGGCAGAAAGCCGUCCUGUCCUGCAUGCAUUGCCGAGAGGACUUUUGCGACUCCUGCUUUAAGAAGGUUCACGGAAAUGCGAAAGUGCUGAAAAACCACAAAGUGAACAAAAUGUAUCCCAGUGACUGUGAGAAUUGUGAGGUGCACGGUAAGCCGUACGCGUACUGCUGCGAGCUUGGUGACGGCGGUGGCGGUGGCAGCGACGUUGCGUGCGCGGAUUGCAUCCCGGAUUCUGAGCACAGCGACCACGACCAUACUCUGCUCGAUACCAAGAAGGAAGAGCUGAGCGUGCAGCUUCUCAAGGCCAUUGUUGCGGGCCAGACGGGGGUCUUAAAACUGAAGGAGGCACUGAGCGAGUUUGAGAAGUUGCAGUCUGAGCUGCAGCUGCAGCUUCACACAGUGGUGUGCAGCAUCCAUGGGAGCAUCCACUCGCUGUGCUCCAUGGUGCAGGCCCGGGGUGAAGAGCUCAUUUUUCAACUGAAGGACAUGGAGGUUCGGCUCCACCCCAUACUGACGAGAGGAGCGAGCAUUCUUCACGAGUCUCUCUUGUCGAACUGCGUCACCCUCGAUACUGCCUGCAGCAUGGCUCGGGGCCAGCAGUUCUCUCCGCGGGACGUGCAAAAGGUGGUAGACCAGCUCCUGACGAUGGACGUCCCGGAGCUGUGCUCCAUAUUGCUGGAUGACUCGCUGGAGCUACAGUGUGACCUGGACCCUACGCAGCUGAUCGGCCACAUUAAGGAACUCGGCACGAUUAUAUUCCCCAAAAGGUUCCUGGAGUAUGGCGAAAGCAUGAGUGCGGCUGCUUGGUCAGACCGGUCUCCUGUAGGGGCCAUGCCACUUUCGUCGAUGCAGCAGCAGCUGCUGCAGCAGCAGCAGCUGCUGCAGCAGCAGCAGCGGGCUCACGGCAGCUGUGCCACAGCCAGAGGCCACACAGAAAAGGGGCCAAUCAUGCCUGGCCUUAAGUUCGCCCGGAACCUGCAGGGUCUGAAGCACUCGCCCCCAACCACAUCGACGCUGUCCAAGAAGGGGGGGGGAGCAGUGUGCGCUGCUGCUGCAGCGCCAUCGUCCACAUCGCUCGCCUGUUGCCUCUCCCCAGGCACAUCUGGAGGAAUGAUUCCAGCUGGUGGAGAGACGAGCUUUGUUCAAAGGUGCAAGAUCGGGAACGCAAACUUGCUGCGCAAUCGGCCCUCCUGGAUUUCGCAUGACGCGUUGCAUUCAGAGCAGGUGAUGUUGACCCACGUGGUGAAUCCCAGACACUUCUACGUGCGGUACUACGCCGCUCGCUCCCGCAACGAGAAGCUAAACUUGGCGCUCUCAAUGUACUGCAUGGUCGACACUAAAAACUCUUCAGCCAUACAAACCCUCAGCAUCGGCGAGGUUCUGUGCAUGCGGAGCUGCGUCAGCAAUAAGUGGCAUCGCGUCAAAAUAAUUUCCAUCCAGGCCGGCGAGGAGUUGUGCGGUUCUGUGCAAGUGGAGGGAAGAGAGGGCACGGCUAGCCUCGGGCCUUUACAAAGCGUCGCAUUGCAAAGCACGGUGCCAAUUUUCCACCGUGACGAAGUUCCACUUGAAUCGGAAGGCGUCCCUAACUCGACGGGCACUGAACCAUUUCUCGACGAGCGGGGGUCGGAAAACGACGCGUCCUUUGGAGUGGCGACAGCGGCCGAAAUUACGUCAUCUGUGGAAGCUGGGCACGUGGCUGAUGAGGGCGUUGUGGGGGCGAGAGGCAGCGCUGCUGAGCAGGGCUCGCCCCACGCCGGGCAGACCCUGCAUGCGGAUGAGAAAAGUGGCGGUGGCGGCUGUGGCGUUGUCGAGGCAGAUUACCUCCCUCUGCUUGAAUGCACGUGUCCCGAACCCCCCGGCAUUUGUGGCUCGACCACGAGCUCGCAAAAGCGAGAGGACCCGGAAGGCAAACGCGCGGAUGCGCGUGGAGAGGGCGAUGUCGCUGAAUGGAACCUGUCCCCCCAUAAGAGCGCCGAACUUGGCUGUGGAAUCGGCAAAAUGAGAGACGGAAAAAUUCGAGUGGUGUUGGAUCUGAUCCCCUGCUCGGAGGAAAUGAAAAUGAUCGACAGUGUCUUGAAAUGCGGCUUGGAACACGAGGACGCCGGGGUUGCUGCUGCACCUGACAGGAGCCCAGGAGUGGAAGCUGAAGCCCAAGCAAGCGCUGACACUCAGUCGCCCAAACCGGCCUUUGUUUCACAGGGAGCGUCGUCAUUUCCCAUUGACAAAGUAACCAGGCUUAACGUUUUCCUGGUGGAUGAAGGAAGAACGGAAGUCUUUUACGUGGGAAGUGAACGUGCGCUCAAGCGGAGCAGAAGGAAUGCCGCAUGCGUGGUUUCGGAUUUGAGGCCACACCUUCGUCGUCCAGACCACGAGCUCCUGAAGCUGUUCGAGAAAAUCCCAGCGGCUGCCAUACGCUGUGCUCUCAAGGAUGUGGUGCCCUUCGUCGCGGGUCAGGGUUGGAGUGUGGAGUCAAGCAAAGCGUUUGCAACGAUGCUCCGUGGACAGAUUGUCCACAUGGUCGUGGCUGCCAGAGCCGGCGGCACAUUCAUCGUGGACCUCGUGAAGUCCCCACACAGCCAGGUGGAGAACGAUGUCCCGGUGUCGCUCAGAGAUGCCCUCGUCUUCUUAGAGCUUGCCAGGUUCCGGUGCCAAUCCGCACCACUCUCCAUGCCAGUCCACAGGCCCGGUCGUUAUCCAGCCUUCAUUCCACCCAGCAAGCUCCAGCCCCUCACGUGGUUCUGCCUCAUGUUAAGCCACAUAAACAGUCCCAGCGACUUCUACGUGCAGCAGGUGAGCACGAUGAAGUGCUUGCUGGAGCUGAAGCGCACUUUGCAGCUCUUCUAUCGGAACUACCGCAAGGACUGGAGGGUCGUGCAUGCCACUGUGGGGCAGCUUUGUGUUGCCCAAUUCAGCGCAGACCAGCAAUGGUACCGUGCCCAGAUCAUCGGUUUACCAGGCAAGGGAGAUGUGGAGGUGAGAUACGUUGACUAUGGGAACACGGAGCGCACCUCGGUGUCCUGCAUACGCAAACUGGACAAGUCGUUUCUACAAUUGCCAGAGCUGGCGGUGCCGUGCUCUCUGGCGGACAUCCAUGCAGACGGAGAGUGCUGGACGGUGGCGGCCGUGGAACGCUUCCACCAGAUAGUGGACAACAAGCACCUGUGGUCUUUGGUUACCAGUGUGUAA